AUGGAAAACCAAACCACAAACUUCAUUGAUUUGGCAUCAACAACAGAAUUUGACUACGGCGACUCAACACCAUGCCCAGGGACAGAGGAAAAGCACUUUGCAGCACAACUCCUGCCACCCCUCUAUUCUUUGGUGGUGAUAUUUGGCCUCACAGGCAACCUGCUCGUUGUCCUCAUCCUGGUAAAAUACAAGAGGCUGAAGAGCAUGACAGACAUCUACCUGCUCAAUCUGGCAAUUUCUGAUUUGCUGUUUAUAUUUUCUCUCCCCUUUUGGGCUUAUUACGCUGCUCACGACUGGAUUUUUGGGGAUGCACUGUGCAAAAUGCUCUCGGGUGUCUACCUGCUUGGCUUCUACAGCGGCAUCUUCUUCAUCAUCCUGCUGACCCUGGACAGGUACCUGGCCAUCGUGCACGCAGUGUUUGCUCUGAAAGCCAGGACAGUCACCUACGGCCUCCUCACCAGCACUGUCACCUGGGCUGUGGCUCUUUUUGCCUCUGUUCCUGGGAUCAUAUUCCACAGAACUCAGAAGGAGAAUUCACGUUACACUUGCAGUGCUCAUUAUCCACCAGAGCAGAGAGAAGUAUGGAAGCAGUUCCUGACCUUAAAGAUGAACAUCCUGGGACUUGUUAUUCCAAUGCUAAUUAUGAUCUGCAGCUACGCACAAAUUAUAAAGACAUUGCUGCAGUGUAGGAAUGAGAAGAAACACAAAGCAGUCAGGCUCAUUUUUAUCAUCAUGAUUGUCUACCUUGUCUUCUGGGCACCAUACAACAUCUGCAUCCUCUUGCGCGACUUCCAAGGCACAUUUUCUAUCACUACCUGUGAAGGUGGCAGUCAGCUGCACAAAGCCACCCAAGUGACAGAAACAAUCUCCAUGGUCCACUGUUGCAUCAACCCUGUCAUUUAUGCCUUUGCUGGAGAAAAAUUUAGGAAGUAUCUCCGUGCCUUUUUCCGCAAGCAGAUUGCAGUGCACUUCUCCAAAUACUGCCCCGUGUUCUACGUCGACCCCGCUGAACGAGCCAGCUCCACCUACACACAAUCCACGGGAGAACAAGAGGUCUCUGCUGCACUGUAA